UCUGAUAAAUAUAUUUCACUUUAUUUAAUUGAGCUGGGCACCAAGUCGCACAGUCCGCAGGAUUUUGUCAACAGGAUAGAAGAUACAAACACAAUUGAUGUGGAUGACAACGUCAUUAGUUUCUGUUCAGAAUUAUGGAACAAGGUACCACACAAACAAGCUCCUGUCAAAGCAUCACACAUUGCAGAGAAAGCAGCCAAAGAAUUGGUACAGAAAAACAAAAGCUAUACUCUCGUUUCAGAUGAUGAUGAUGAUGAUGAUGAUGAUGAUGAUAGUGAAGAAGAAAAAUUUGUUCCCAAAAAGAAAACAAAAACAGAAAAGAAACGCCAAUUCCGUAAGAAGCAGGUAUCUUCAGAGAGCAGCUCUAGUGAACCAGAAGGUGAUUCAUAUGGAGAUCUUGACAAAGAUUUGAGCAGCAGUGAUAGUGAAGAUGAACUGGAGAAAGAAGAACGAGAACGUCUUCGUGACUUGCAAGAACGGGACGACUUUGCCUCGCGUCUCCAAAAGAAAGACAAAGAGAGAACAAGGCACGUUGGGUCAAAAUCUGAUAAAAAGGCAGCAGAAGAAGCAAAGCGCCGUCUUCAAUUAGAGUUGAAAGGCAGAGUGAAAAUAGUGGGGGAUCAGCGUAAAAAGUCCCGUCGAGAAUACUUAAAAAAAAGACAGAAUGACAAACUUGAUGAUUUAGAAAUGGAAAUCCAAGAUGAAGAAUAUCUGUUUGGUGAUUUUAGGCUGUCACGGCGAGAACAAAAUGAACUGGAAUAUAAGAAGAAAGUGUUAACAUAUGCGAGACAACAUCGUGAAGCUGCUGCUGUGGAGAAGAUCAACCGCUACUACAUCCCAAAAGAUGACGUGAAACCUAAUGACAAAUAUGUGGAAGAACCAAAUGAGAAGGGUCCAAAUGCAGAACAGAGGCGCUGGGAAGAAGAACACCUGAAUGCUGCUGUGAUGAAAUUUGGUGCCAGAGAUGCCAAAGAAAAAUACAAGGAGAAGGUGAAAGACUAUGACCUAAUUAUGGAUGAUGAAAUAGAGUUUAUUCAAGCCCUCAAGUUACCUGGAUCUAAGGGCAAAACUAAAGAUGUCACAGAACCAGCAAUCAGCUCAAGUGACCUUAAAAAAAUGUCUAUCUCAGAAACACGGAAAUCACUGCCAAUCUAUCCAUUCCGGGAUGACUUAAUUGAGGCAAUCCAGGACCAUCAAAUUCUGAUUAUUGAGGGAGAAACUGGAUCCGGCAAAACCACUCAGAUUCCUCAGUAUUUAUAUGAAGCAGGAUAUUGUAAAAACAAAAUGAAAAUAGGCUGCACACAACCAAGGAGAGUAGCUGCCAUGUCUGUUGCAGCUCGGGUUGCUGAAGAAAUGUCUUUCAAGUUAGGGAAUGAAGUGGGCUACAGUAUCAGGUUUGAAGAUUGUACAUCUGAGCGGACCAUACUGAAGUACAUGACCGAUGGGAUGUUGCUGAGAGAGUUUCUCAGUGAACCAGACCUGGCCAGUUACAGUGUCAUCAUUGUUGAUGAAGCCCAUGAACGGACCCUUCACACAGACAUCCUGUUUGGGUUAGUGAAAGAUAUUGUCCGCUUCAGACCAGAUUUGAAGUUGCUCAUCUCCAGUGCUACACUUGAUGCUGAGAAGUUCUCAGAAUUUUUCGAUGAGGCUCCUAUUUUCCGUAUUCCUGGCAGAAGAUUCCCAGUUGAUAUAUUUUAUACAAAGGCACCAGAAGCUGAUUAUUUAGACGCUGCCAUUGUAACCGUUCUACAGAUCCAUGUAACGCAACCACCUGGAGAUAUUCUGGUUUUCCUUACUGGGCAGGAAGAAAUUGAAACAGCACAGGAAAUUCUCUUGGAACGUACACGGAAGCUGGGUUCCAAAAUCAAAGAAUUACUUAUCUUACCAGUCUAUUCAACAUUGCCAUCAGAAAUGCAAGCCAAGAUCUUUGAACCAACACCACCUGGAGCCAGAAAGAUCAUUUUAGCUACAAACAUUGCUGAAACAUCCUUGACCAUCGAUGGAAUCAUCUAUGUCAUCGAUCCAGGUUUCUGUAAGCAGAAAAGUUACAACGCCCGGACUGGCAUGGAGUCUCUUGUAGUGACACCAAUAUCUAAGGCUUCAGCAAACCAGCGUGCAGGUCGUGCUGGCAGAGUGGCUGCAGGGAAAUCCUUCCGGUUGUACACAGCAUGGGCAUACAAGAAUGAACUGGAGGAGAACUCAAUCCCGGAGAUCCAACGGACCAACCUUGGUAAUGUGGUGCUGAUGUUGAAGAGUCUUGGAAUUAAUGACCUCAUCCAUUUUGACUUCAUGGACCCACCACCUCACGAGACCCUAGUCCUGGCACUGGAGCAACUUUAUGCUCUUGGAGCUCUCAACCACAAGGGAGAACUCACCAAACUUGGUAGAAGAAUGGCUGAGCUUCCUGUUGACCCCAUGUUGUCAAAAAUGAUAUUGGCUUCAGAAAAGUUUAAAUGUUCAGAGGAAAUUCUCACAAUUACUGCCAUGUUGUCUGUCAACAAUGCCAUCUUUUAUCGCCCCAAGGACAAAAUCGUCCAUGCUGACACUGCCCGGCAGAACUUCUUCUCAGCUGGAGGUGAUCAUUUGACCUUACUCAACGUUUACACUCAGUGGGCCGAAACAGAUUACUCCACCCAAUGGUGUUACAGUAACUUCAUACAGUACCGUUCUAUGAAGCGAGCUAGGGACAUCCGAGAGCAGUUGGAAGGAUUGAUGUCUCGUAUUGAGAUCGAACCUGCAUCCAGUAAUGGAGACACUGUCCCCAUCCGAAAGGCAAUAACUGCUGGCUUCUUCUAUCACACGGCCCGACUGGGUAAAAGUGGCUCCUACAAGACGGUAAAACAUCAUCAAUGUGUCAUGAUCCAUCCAAACAGCAGCCUCCAUGAAGAACAUCCUCGAUGGGUCAUCUAUUUUGAGUUGGUUCUCACUACAAAGGAGUAUAUGCGACAGGUGAGUCAAAUCAAACAGUCCUAUCUGUGUCAGGUGAAAAUAAAAAUUAUAAUUAAUGGGAGCAACAGGUGAAAUAAACAAAUAUUC